GGCGUGGCGGUACUUCAGCCUCCCACAGCGCUUUUAGUAGAGCUGGAGUUUGGCUAGUUGGCAAAACCACGAGCGUGUCCCGCGCCCGACUGAUUGGAGAGGGGCCAGAAAGGACUGUUUUUCAGGAAUAUAACGAACUUUUGGCGAUAACACAAACAUACGACCCCCUUGAAAAUCGACUGGUGGAAAGGGCCUCCGUUUUUAUCCUGAAGCACCCGGCACACACCAUUCACGAGAUACCCGCCCAUGUGUUGAACCCCUUACUGGGGUCUGUGGUUUCUUUUUUGUCGGACAAUGAACACGUGGACCAGCACCUACUUCCACGCCGGCAGUUUGUUGUGUUGAAUUCUGAAGGCAUUAAUAUAUACGAGAAACAGCGACCCAUUGACGAAUUGGCCUUCCGGCUGGCCGAUUGUUCUGGCAGGCCUGGCGCAGUGUCGGGCUUCCUUAGGGACUUUGAGCCGGAUGAGUCCUCCUAUAUGCUUUUAGUUUUAGCCUGCAAUUUUACUAUAUAUGAUAAUGAUUGUGAGACUGUAGAUGUUAGAGAGCGGGCCAAGAAACUUUUCUUUAAGAACACCAGUUGUUACAACUUGAAGAGAAGAAAUUUUCUUUGCGAAAAAGAAGCCUCCUUUUCCACCGGCUCUUUUGGCGCGGAUAAUAACUUCUCUGUGGCAUUCCACGGUCUUGCGCUCUAUUUGUCUCGCUUGUUGCGCUUUGUUUGGAACUGUCAACUAUUGGAUAUUUCCGCAGACACAGCAGCUGUGGUGCUCCCCCAUUUGAAACUUCUAAAGGUGUUUUUGGAAGAGCACCGCUUGGUCUGGAUGCGUUCCUUUCCAUCGGAAUGCCGAUAUUGGUGCGGCUUGCACGACCUGCUGAUCCACAGCAUCGAGGUUUUAUCGCUGGUAAAAAUAAUCAGGCGCCGAGAACCCGGGGGAGUCGCGCUGCAGACGCCCAAUGAGACCCCAGUGGAGUUGCACUCUUUGGAACUUCGGAGUAUUCUUAUUGAGGAAUCGUCGUGGAAAGCUACACAGAAGAUUAUUGAUAAGUGGCUCAACACUCUCUCUCCUGAGGAGAUGAGCCUUAUUCGCGAAGACCUCAGCCACGACUGCCCGCUUCUAUUCAGCGGGGAACGCUAUGAGGCCGCUGUCGCUUGUGAACUCCUCAAACGUGCUGUUUCACUGCCUGAUGGAUCCCUCGACCGGCAAAAAUACAUCGAGACAGCGGCGAACGCCUGUCUUGAGCUUGCUUUUCUUUCGGACUUCAGCCCUAUUUUGGUGGACCUUUUUGCGCAGCUUAAACAGUUUGAUCAGCUCUGCCAAUUGUGUCUUCGGAUGGCCCAUUUUUCAGAUCCAGAGAACUCUGCAUUCCAUUGGUUCGAGAAUAUUAUUAAACGAUCCGAUGUUGGACUCGAGGAAGUUUUUCGGUUAGAGGUGGACUUCUGCACCAAAAUAGCACCUAUGAGCGAUCAGUUUGUCCAACGUGUUAACUGCUACCAAUUGGCUUAUCCGUACCUCCAAUCCGAUCUUCCCCGUUGGAUUCAUUCUCCACGUGGAAGCGAAGAUGCACUUUUUCAGUAUUAUAUUUUCACGCGGCUUCUUCAGGAUGGCCCAAGCUCUUUUAGAGACCAUCUACUCGUUUUUGAUCCGCCGCACCUUCAGAGCUUUUUGGAACUUGUUUAUGAAAAGUCCUUGCAACGCGUCGAAAGUGGUCAACCUGAUGAUAUUGAGCUGGCUGAGCUUGUUUUCAUUUAUUAUAUGAAGCACAAACUCUUUCGCGAAAGCGCUUGUCGCUACUUGCAGUUGGCCCGUUGCUCCGGUCCGGUGCUGAUUAAGAAACGAGUGGAGCUUAUGCGCCAGGCUCUUUUUAACGCCACCUUGGUUGUUUCAGAAUCGUCGAGCACUGGUCAGGAUGCAGAGUUUCUCAGCGUAGUUCAAGGCCAGUUGGAAGUGGCCACUAUACAACUUCGGAUGACAUAUGAGUUGAGCCAUCGAAUUAACGUCGACGCCCACGUCCGCCAAAAUCAACUACUUCUCCUCUCGCACAAUUUGUACGAUUCAACUUUGCUCUACAACGAGUUUGCCCAACCGCAUGCUCUUUAUGAAUCAUUGUUUUCCCUACUUCGUUGCUGCAACCAUGUAGACACAGUGCUUAUUAAAAAACUAUGGCAGAGACUUAUUGCAGAGUAUUAUAAGGAUCACGACUUAUUGCAAGGCUCGCUAAAAAACCUCGGAAAAAUGUUUUAUGGAACUCCCUUUUUUCCCGUUGAGGAUAUUUUACAGAACUUAAUAGAAGUUGUUGGACCCAAGAAUGAGAAUUUGACAACGGACGUGGUUAUGGCUCUUUAUAAUGAUUUGCACUUCGACCUUGAAAAAGUGUUUGAGCACCUCAAAGUUUUUGCGGAGAGCAAUAAAAGUGCUGUUCUGAAGAAUAUUAUCGAGACCCUUUCUAGUGGACUUAAAGAUCUGCAGUAAGAAACGUGCCCUUCAGAGAAAAGAAAUAUAAUAACUUUUUUUAUUAUCAAUAAAGAUAG